GAAUAAAAAUAAAAUUUAUUUUCAAAAAUUUCAAACAUUUUAAUAUUUCGGCCUCGGAGAUAAUGUCUUUAUUAAAACUAGUGCAAACGAAUGCUAAAACUGUUUUAUUUAGGCACAGUGAACCACAGAUACUCUUCAUUUCUACUAGGAAAAUAAGUAUAGUUCCAUCAAUUUAUGAUGGAGAGGAUCCAGCACCGAAGUUCUUUUCGUCUGGAAUUCAAAUAUUGUUGAAACGUUUAACUCGGCCAGAUUUUGCUAAGAUAUUCAGAAAAAGAAACUCUAACAAUGUUUCUGUGCUUCGUACUCCUAAAUACAAGUUUCUGACCGAUGAGGAACUUCAGAUUGAGAAAGCAAAAGCGAAUAAAAGUGCUGAAAGGUUAUUGCAGAUGCCACCAGUAGUCAAAGUACACAAGCCAAUAGAUGAUGUAUUAUCAAGAGACCCAGCACUGACUGGAUUUGAUUCUGCCAGAUAUUUGUUCACAGACAUCAGUUUUGGUGUUGAUAAUGAACACCGAAUGAUUGUUGAAAGGGAGCCUGAUGGCACUCUGAGAAGUUGUGAUCAUGAUGUAAGAAAAAGAUUAAAUCAGAUAUAUUUCCCGAUGCAGGGGCGGAAAAUAAGAGAGCCUUUGAUAUUCGAAAAUGAAGAGACAUUCUAUAGCCUUUUAGAAAGGCAGAAAUAUGAGUAUGUGCUGGACAGAUGCUGCGUGCAGUAUGAACCAGAUGAGCCGACGUACCAUAAGCUCAUCAGUAUUACAUACCAACAUGUUGAUAUGAACAGUCUGUACAAUUUACUUAGAUCUACGCGCCACUUUGGCCCACUAGCGUUCUACCUAACGUGGCACAAGAGUAUGGACAAUCUGAUGUUAGAGCUAGUACAGAGUGGCGCCAUCCGUGAAGCCGUGCUGUUGCUGGCUUUGCGACACGCUAUACACAGCGACCUGGCGAGUGAAGAGAGCAGUGCGCUAGUGACACAGAUAUUGCCCACACCGGUACUACUAACGAAACAAGAUCAUUUAUCCGAAGAGGACAUCCAACUCGACACCAAAUGCAUACAGUGCGUAGAGAAAUAUAUCAACACCAACUCUGCUAUGAAGAGUCAACAAGGUUUAGCGUUACAAGGUUUUAGAGAACACUACCAACAGCUUGUUGAGCUUAGUAGAGGACUGAAGAAAGCGCAUGGAACCAUUUAAAUAUUGUAGAUUUUUAUUGUAAUAAAGGUUUAGAUAAGGAA